AUGUCGGCCUUGCAGACCUUUAUGCUGGUCGCGGACCACGAUAAGCAGGAGGCGAUCCGAAUUGCUGAGAAAACUGCCCAAGAGGUCGAGAGUAAGCAGACGACGUUGAUCGAAGUUGUUCAGUCCUUGGGAGAGUAUAUCAACGAUGAAGACCCUAUUAUCCGCGGGAAAGCCGUUUCCUACCUCACUGCAGUGAUUAAGGCUCUGCCGCCGAAGUUCCUCUCCCGACAACAGAUCCAAGUCUUGACGACCUUCUUUUGCGACCGUAUCGAAGAUGGAGGGGCGGUUACCGGUCUUGAAACACUCCAGAAGCUGGACAGAUUUACCAAGGAGUUGGCGAAGGAUACAGCGCGAGCCAUUUUUGAACAUUUCCAGGAGCUCCAAAUGCGGCCGCAGUCACAACGGUAUCAGGUUUACCAAUUGCUUAAUGAAUUGAUGGCAAAUCACAGGGCCGACCUGAUGACAGGCGAGAAGGAUCCUCGAAACCUCAUGGUCGUAUUCUCGAUAUUGAAAGUGGUAAUGGUGGAGUGGGAUAUAUCAAAUCAUGUUGAGACGCUUUUUGAUUCGGUAUAUAACUACUUUCCCAUCACCUUCAGACCUCCGCCGAACGAUCCAUAUGGAAUCACAGCCCAGGACUUGAAGGAUCGUCUCCAAGACUGCAUAUCCUCCACAGCUCUUUUUGCUCCACAUGCAUUCCCAGCUUUGCUUGAUAAACUUGAUUCGACGUCUCCUAACGUCAAGAAAGAUGCACUUAAUGCAUUAUUGGCAUGCGUCACCUCCUAUGAUCCAAACACUGUAUCGAGGUACUCUAUCAAGAUAUGGGAUGCUCUUAAGUUUGAGAUACUUAAUGCCCAGGAAGAGUUCCUUUCGGAAUUAUCUCUUCAAGUUCUUCAGAAUAUAUCGAAACGUCUCUCAGCACAUGUAACGCAGGUCUCACAGGAAUUACCUCUUGCUCACUUCCUCAGACCGAUUAUCAAAGAAUGCAAGGAGCAGUUGAGAGAACCACAGCAGAAACAGGCGCAACCAGCUCGGCAAAUUCUCCGGUCUGUUUCGGCUGCGUCUGCACCGUCUUUCAUUCUAAUUAUUCAGGCCGUCGUCGCUCCACUGUUCACAGUUUAUCAGGAGGCCGAUUCAAUAGCGAAGCAGAGGGCGCUCUUGGAAACGCUCCUCGCUUUGUUUGACUCUGCAAUUGAACUGUAUGGAACGUGGACGUCGAGAAGUCCUGAAAUCGCGUUCGAUAAUCCAUUGCUUGCAUUCCAGGAUCAACUCAUGGAGGUCUUCAGCCAAGCGUUGAUGGGCACCGCUAAAGAGGAGAACUCGUUUAGGAUGACAGCACUACAAGGUCUUCUGCGGCUGUCGACACUGCGUCAGUUUUUCCAGGACAACGAAAUAGGAUUAUUCGUGCAAUAUCUUGAUGAGAUUCUGCUGAAGGAAGAGACGGUAGGCGCAGGUGACUUGAAAAAGGAAGCAAUUUCGGCUCUGGCAGAGAUAUCGAAACACAAGCCACGCCUGAUCAUGGAGAUAACGCUACCCGCAUUCAUGGCUAAGUUACCAGACCGAGAUGACGGGGAGAACCGCGCCUACUUGACUACGCUGGAAACGCUGGCUCAAAUCAGCGUCGAAAAGGAUAUAUUUGAGACACUAGUCCGUCGACUGCUCAACAAGCUGGACCUAUUAUUACAAAAUGAAGGAGCCUGCACUCCCGCCUAUCCGAGAGCGAUUCUCUUGACUAUCCUAUAUGCCAUGGAAAAGAGAGCAGCUGAUCCAAAUCAGAGUCUCGAGAGCUAUUAUGACAGAAUUGUCGUGGGACUCUGUCGCAGAGCAGCUGUGGCUUCUGCAGAAGAUAAGUCUACCGUCUUACGCGAUGUGUCAGUCUUGGAUACUCUGGGAAGGCUAUGCAACUUGAUAGUACGAUCCAUCUCAAGAGAUAAGCAGGACGAAGUGGCAGACAAUAUGUAUUCCCUCUUUUCGGGGGCAGAUUCUUUCAAGCCAGUGCCCUUCGCUCAGACUACCACGGUCCAUCAGCGCCGCACAAUGAUCCUAUCAACGUACCUACUUGCUGGACUCCCGAAGGAUUCCACGAGACUGCCAUAUGCAAAACCGGAUAUGUCGCCUCUGCUUAACGAUCUCGUUAAACUCUCUAUAGCUGAAUCUGAACCAGCUAUACAACUUGCUAUCCUCCGCCACCUUGCUCUUAUGGUUAACAAGUUCCUCCCUACAACUGGCUUACUACUUGCGUCCGAAAUAUUUAACUCUCUUCUACCACCACAUUCAGAAGAUGCGAAGCUCACUCCCGAAACCAUCAAGACGCUUUUCUGGCUUUCAAAGGCCCUUAUUCUUCGAUUAGCUCCUUCCACGACGGAUAUACUUUCGAGUCUCUUAUCCCUUCUCUCGUCAUCUGAUAAGGUGACUAGUGAGACCUCUGCACGAGGCUUCGCCAUCAUUCUCAGUUCCGACGGCGUUUUGUCGACACAGAACGGCGCAAAUAUCCGGCUCCUCUCUAAACAGCGUGUCUUCAGCACCGUUGUGCCAAUCAUCUCUAGCAAGAUUCGCGAGGUUAACACCGCCGGAGGAGGAGACUCAUCACCUUCACCGCCACACAUCAAACCUGCUUACCUCACUGCAUUAUCGGGCGUUCUUUCUGCGAUCCCGCCUUCUCUCGUCAUGCCCGAACUCCCGACGCUCCUCCCUCUGCUUCUGCAAAGCUUGGACCUCGAAGAUGCAGGAUCUCAAGCCGUCAAGGCAGCCACGCUCCAGACACUUUCCGUCAUCAUCCGCGAUAAUGGCGUUGGCGUGAUCGACGAAAGCGGGCACGUCAAUGACUUGGUCCGAAGGCUCCUGAAAACAGCCACCUACGUUCCUGGUCCUGCCAAAGUAGAAACAACGCCAGCAGCACCAGCACCAGCAGCAGUACCGGGAACGCGCAACAGUGCAAAAUUGCGUGAACAAGCUCUCAGAUGUCUCUAUCUUCUUGCUGUCUCCUCGCAACAACCCACUGAUCCCGCCUCUACCAAGUCAGGAGGGAAGCUCUCUCCCCUCUUACCCGUGAAAAGCCAUGUUCUGCGCUCAUUACGGCCGAUCCUCGAUGAUCCGAAACGAGACGUGCGCAAAGCAGCCGUUGACGCGAGGGGUGCGUGGUUGAGAAAAGUCAGCGACGCACCUGAUGAGGACGAUGAUUGA